AUGUCUCGCCGCUCUCGCUCGCUCGUGUCCCUCUCGCUGACGUCCCUGGCCCUGGCGCUGUCGGUGUUGGCCUUCUCGACAUCCUACUGGUGUGAAGGGACGCACAAGGUGGUCAAGCCUCCGUGCCUGUCUCCCGUCAAGAUGAAGAACUGCGGACAGAACAACAGCCAACCCUACACCACUGGUAAGAAGAUCACGGGCAGACCUGGUACACUAAUGGCCAACGCGGUGCACUACAUCUGGGAGACGGGCGAGGACAAGUACAUGCUGCGCUACUUCCACACCGGCUUCUGGCUCUCCUGCGAGAAACACAACCAAGGGGAGGUCUGCCGGAGCUUCAUUGAGCUGACACCAGGAGAGACACAAGGUGUGUUGUGGCUCUCUAUGAUCUCGGAGUUUACGUACAUCGGUCUGCUGGCUCUGGGCUUCCUGAUGAUGUGGAUGGAGGUCUGCUGUCUCUGCCUCAGUAAGGAGAUGUACGCCCUGAAGAUCAACGCCUUCGCAGCCAUGUGCACCGUCCUGUCAGGUUUGAUGGGUAUGGUGGCCCAUAUGAUGUACACUACCGUGUUCCAGAUGACCGUGAGCAUGGGGCCUAAAGACUGGCGGCCACAGGAGUGGGACUACGGCUGGUCUUUUGCCAUGGCCUGGCUCUCCUUCAGCUGCUGCAUGGCGGCGGCCGUCGCCACGCUCAACUCCUACACCAAGACCUUGAUCGAGAUCCGCCACCGCCAGCGCAUCCAAUUGGAGGAGGCCCGCGCCGCGAGCCACGCCCCCUCCUACGACGAGGUCAUCACCGAAACCGACGGUUGCCACGGCGACGGCGGCGGCAGCAUUUACUCGGUCAACCGCCUGCUGCACCAGGCGCAGCAGAGCACGCUGAUCGAGAACAUCUGGCACCCGCACGGCACGCUGGUGAUGGGACCGGGGGGCCACCACGUGUCCGGCGGGGGGAUGGUGAUGGUCGGGGGGUGCGGGACGGAGGGGUGCGAGGACUGCGAGAGGGAGAUGGACGAGAUGGAGGACGCGCAGGAGGAGGAGUACGACGAGGACGACAACUACGACGAAGAAUUAGGAGAGAGGGAAGAUGAUCUCUGCUGA